AUGGUCGGACCCGACGUUGCUGACCCGAGGCGUGUGUGUGGACGCUGUUUCCUCGCCGAACAGGCGCAGUUCCACCCGCCUGGUACAGCUAGAGUCUCUGGUGGCCUUCUUCUAGGCCCUCCGGCCUGGUUUUGGUCCUGGAUGGCAUCAGUCUCGUUCAGGAGCAGUUCUAUCUUGGCUUCAAGGGCGUUCAACCAUGAUCUUUCGGCCUUUCGUCGUUUCAUGAUUUUCUGGCUGAGGGUUCCAGGGGUGGAGGUUCCCGUCAUUUUCCGGCUCAACAUGUUGGUAGUGAAGUUGCUAAUGCGUAACCUUUGA